AACGUCACUUUUGCGGAACAGUCUGCGAGCCAGCAGCGAGAGCGGCCACCAGCGAACAGCUGAUCCCCGGUUCUCGCCGAUACGCCAUCACUCGAAACGUACUGGAGCACAUGUUCGUCACUGGUUAAUUCACGCCACGUUUUCUUUCUGCGUUUUUUUUUCUCAUCUUCGACGGACGAACGAAAUCGCGAAACCGAGCGACACGCUCGCGUGGCCAACGCCGGUGACGGCAACACGCGCGCAUCCGUUCCCGGUUUCUCGUGCGAUGAACAGCCGGCGAUAACCGGCGUACCGAUCGUCUCCGUCGCCGUUGUCAUCGUUGCUUGAAACAUGGCCGAUCGCGAUAGCGCAUCCGAGAGUGACUCGAGCUCGAUUGACGGCGGACCGAUUAUGAUGCCGCCGUCGCCGGUGACACGCGAGCAGCUGCAGAAGCGAAUCGAAUCGCUGCAGCAGCAUAACCGCGUGCUCAAGGUCGAGCUGGAGACGUACAAGCUGCGAGUGAAAGCUCUGCAGGAGGAAAAUCGCGGACUGCGCCAGGCAUCUGUCAUUAUACAAGCGAAAGCGGAGCAAGAAGAGGAAUUCAUAAGCAACACGCUAUUGAAGAAGAUUCAAGCCUUGAAAAAGGAGAAAGAAACACUGGCUCAUCAUUAUGAACAGGAGGAGGAAUGUCUCACCAAUGAUCUAUCAAGAAAGUUGAAUCAGUUGCGGCAGGAAAAAUGCAGACUUGAACAGACAUUGGAGCAGGAGCAAGAGUGUUUGGUGAAUAAAUUGAUGAGAAAGAUUGAGAAACUGGAAGCAGAGACAUUGGCCAAGCAGAGUAAUUUAGAACAACUGCGACGUGAGAAAGUUGAAUUGGAGAACACGCUGGAGCAAGAACAGGAAGCUUUAGUUAACAAACUGUGGAAGCGAAUGGAUAAACUUGAGGCGGAGAAGCGGAUGCUGCAGAUCAAGUUGGAUCAGCCAGUCUCAGAUCCUACUUCACCCAGGGAGAUCAACAAUGGUGAUACAGCCACAAAUCUGAGCACGCAUAUUCAAACCCUGAGAAGUGAAGUUGCUCGAUUAAAGCACACUCUACUUAUGUCGCAACAAGAACAUACGGAAAAAAUGAAGCGUUAUGUUAACGAGGAGAAGCAAAUACGCGAAGAGAAUCUGAGAUUGCAGAGGAAGCUGCAACUCGAGGUGGAACGUCGCGAGGCCUUGUGUAGGCAUCUCUCAGAGUCUGAGUCCAGUUUAGAGAUGGAAGAAGAACGGCACUACAACGAAAUCGUAAUGUCUGGAGGGAAUAUAAGGACACGCACAUUGUCUAGUCCUGUGCCCUACAAUCCUUCGCCUAGUUCCUCAAGGCCACUAAGUCCAGGUAUUAACAUGCUAGGUUCAACGUCCAGAGAGGGCUUCAAUGUAAACCGGUGCUAUGCCUGCGGCCAACCGACUGCCUCUCCCUUCGCUAGCUCGUCACCUCCAUCAGGGGGACAUGUCGUGGCGCCGUCCAGCAGACGCACGUCGGAUCGUUUCGUCAAACCGGCAAUACCGCCCACCAUCGUGAGUCCCGGUGGACCGCCGACCAUCGCUCCCAAUCCCUCGGCAAAUGUUGCCGCUCCCCAUCCAGGAUCACCGAUGGAUAUCGCGAAGACAUAAGUGUCUAUUCGAAGAGAAAAGGGCUCUCUACGGAAACUCUUUUUAUGUAGUUCCGCACGCAAGGUACUUUUUUUUAAACAGUUUGCAUCCCAAAGAGGACACGCAGUUCGAUCGAAAUAUAUCACCAUCGGCACUUUUUCUUUUCGAAACUUUGGUUCGUACUACUACUUCAGCCUCUAAUGUAACACACGGGCUACCGUUAAGACACGGGACUUAAAAUAAUUUCGAUCUGAAUGGCAAUUAUAGAGUUUAAAUGAUGCAAUUACGAAGUUUUUUGGUCGCGGGGUGCUUCUCCUCGACACCCCGCUUCCUUAAUGAUUCCUUUUAAUGCCUGAAAUAUCAUUCAGAUCGAGCUAUUUAUUGUACGAUGCAAUUAAUAUCGUUUGAAUGUUCUAUAUAAGAAAAAAAAGAAACAUUGACAUGUUGCUUCCAUGUUCCAAGUAAUCAUAAUAUAAAUGUUGAACGCGAACGCCGGAUGGACAUCUACACGGCAUAUUUGCGAUAUUAUUAUUGUAUCUUACUGUGCGUUUAAGAACGUAAACGAAAGUAACUAGGGUGUAGUGUUGCGAUGUUAACACGGUUUAACAGGUAUGCACUUUUGUUUAGCUUUGAGCCUGAGUAAUCAUUUAACACCACAGAUUUCUAUAUAUUUUACUAAACCGCUAAUAUGGCUAAGUCAACCAUUCUUUUAAGUGGGUAGAAUUUGAUAUGCCGUGUUUUUCGUAAGAUAGUGAACAUAUAUCUUAAAGUAAAAAUAUCAAACAUGCAUCUAAUGCACAUAUAAAAAUAAAAAAUAUGCCAAUAAUCUGUAGUAUAUUUGGCUGUUCAUUUAAAAAUGGUUGCUUUUGCAUCACUUUUAGUAUCGAGGCAGUUCAGUAUAAUAUAUAAAAGUCUGUGUUUAGCGCACAUUAUUGAAGUGGAAGCAUAAUUCUACUAGAGGAAAGGUUUGGUUAGUUCCCUCACAGAGAUUAUAUCAGAUCUUAUGAGUAUGUAACCAGGCAAAGUUAGAUGUCAGAGAGAUCUCAGUGAUCGGAGACUUUGAGAUUUGAGAAAUUUUGAAUUCGAUGAUCGCGAGAAUCUGACAAUUAAGGCCUUAAAGUUCCAAAGAUUCCAAACAGUCCAACGAUCUGAAAAUCUAAAGCAGACUCGCUGAUCUAAAAUAUAUUUAUUCUAAAAGUAUUUAAACAUCUAGAUGUCUAUAAAUAUACAGGCAUGUAAUAUAUAAAAUAAAUAUUUAACGAUUACAGAAUAUUGUAAAUCCAUAAACCUAAAUAUUUGCAAUCAUAAUAAUUUUAAAAUUUUACUUAAGAAAAAUUUAUUCAUGUAAAAAAGAGCCUAAAAAUAUAUUUCUUAAAGCAAAAUUUGUAGAUUAUUAACUUUACAAGCUUGGCGUUUUUGAAAUAUCUGCUCUCAGAAUUUCUAGAUGUCUUUUAUCUCAGAAUUUUUAAAAGUUUUGAAUCGUUAACACUUAGAAAGCAUGAUGCAUCCAAAACUUAGAUUCGUUGAUCUCAAAUUUUUUAGCUAUAGAAUAUCAGAACGUUGGAAUUUAGGAUCUUGAAGCUCCAAUAUGGUAAAGCGGCGAAGCGUGGAAUUUUGAUAAGCAUAUAGCGCAUGAGAAAAAAAGAUCUUGCAUAUAAUUAAAAAAAUCUUUGUUUGCUGAUAAAUUGUUUUUUACAUCAAUGAUAUAUACUUUAGCUCGAGAUGCGUUGUCUGUUAUAUUACAUCGAAUCAGAUUUAAUAUUCUUUGUUCUUUAGGAGCGUUGUUUUGCAAAUACGCAAAUUUGGAAUCCUCCUUAUUCUUGACAUUUCUAUACUUUCAAUAAUUAUAAUAUUUGUGCAAGUUUAGAAUCUUGUUUUUUAAAGUUUUUACCUCGAUACGUCUAUUUUUUAAAUCUUUGAAACCUAUUGUCUCAAGAUGGCAGAAAUCUGGAAGUCUUGAGAUUUUAUGGAAUGUUAUAAAGGUUCAAUACGCUAAAGUAUCGUUUCUUUUUGUUUGAAGCUUCUCAAUAUUUUUCAAUAUGCGUCAGUUACCAUGAAUUAUGACGUGAGAAGCAGAAGAAUUUGAGAAAAAUAUUCGACGUUAUAAUGCGUUUAAGCUUACAUCCAUGCGAGCAAUUUUCUCGUAUUCCUUCCCUUCCGAUCUCGUAAUACAAGAUAACUAACAUUCUAUACGAUGAGAAUUCAUGUUCAUUAAAACAGAUGUAUUAUAUAUAAACGGUGCACACGAAAAAAAAUUACAGGUAACAGCGUUGUUCAUUAUGUUACAUUGAACAGUCGUAUAUAUGAUAUAAAAGUUUAUUAUAACGUAAAAGAUUCUUAUCGAUAAUUGUGUAAUUACGCAGAUAUGCUUCACAGCUGCAUAGUAUGUAUUUUAUUCAAGCUUUUAUGAAAUACAGUCACGUUUUUGCUAUUGCA